AGUGCGUUCUAGACGGCGCCCCUUUGCAGACGUGCGGCAAUUCACAAAACGUUUGAUCACAGAAAAAAAUAUACCAAAUUAUGCAAUAAGUGCGCAACAUGAAAAGUUGCAAAUAAUUCAAUACACAAAUAAAUGAACACGCAAAAGAAACGGCAUCAAAAACAACAGCCUGAAGGCGAAAGAGAAACAUAAACAAUGCAUAUAGCACCUGGCAGGUGUGAAAAAUGGCGCAUCGGCGGUGUGUGAAUAACCUGGAUCAAGGGAGGCAGCCGCAGAACCCUAAGCAAUUAUGAAAUUAAUAGCCAACUAAUUGGUCGAUUGAAAACAGUGAAGAAAAUACAGCAUUGAACAGCAUUGAACUUAGUGUGAACAGUGACAAAUUGGCGAGCUAACGACCUUGCGGAUUGCGGAUACUUUUCGCGGAUCACCGAACUCUGUCCAGCUGCCUGUUGUGGCCAUGAAGCACGAGAAGACCCUAGCCAUGGCUGCUCCGCACAAGCAGCGCCAUGCGGACAGCUCCGCCCACGUAGUUCCACGUAGUCCCAUAACCAAGGCCUUUGAUUUCCUGCCCUGGACGCGAAGUCGCAGCAAGGUCAACAUGACCAAGGUUCAAAGUCAGCCGGCGGAACAGCAGGCCUCUGUUUCCACGGUUACCCCUGCAGAGAAAUCCUCGGAGGUGCACUAUCACAAGAACAUUUUCCGCAGUGGCGGUGGUCUCAUCCGUGAUAUCCUGGUGGGAGAUAAAAAUCUGCAGCUUAAGGAUAAGCCACCACAAUCUCCCGUUCCUUCGCACAAAAAGAAACAGAAGCACCUGUCGCGCAACAAAAGCUUGGAUAUUCGAGAACUUAUUGGCUGUGUGGAGCGGGAGAUGGCUCCUGCGACGGGAGGAGGUCCUGUGAGUCAACCGCCACGUUUCAUAGAUGACACCUACAUAGACCACAAGCCCAAGCACAUACUCUUCAAUGACGAUGAGAAUACGGUGUACAUUAUAAAGAAGGAGCAGCCCGUGGCCAAGUCCAGUCACAAGGCCAGCAAUUCCACAUCCAAUGCUGCCCAAUCGAAUGGAGAUGUUCUGAAGGCGCGGUUGAAGUUUAAGAGAUUACCCGGCGAUCACUAUGAAGCAUCGCCGGAGGCGCUCCGACGGGCACAUCUUCUCCACCAGCGAUCCGAGCAGCGUCAUCAGCUGCAGCGGCGCAAGAGUCUCAGCGAUCAGCAGAGCAGCUCCAGCCUGAGCAGUGGCGGCGGUGGAGGUGGCAAUGCUAAUGGCAGCAUUAUGUUGGAACGCCCCAAAACCGAUAAGCCGCGCAAGAAGCUUUCGUUCCGGGAACCCAUUAUUGCCGGCGACCAAAUACUACCACUCAUACUCAGCGAACAGCGGCAGGCGAGACAGAGGCGUCGCAGCUCACCCUUGGAGCGAAGCAGGGUUGGCUUAGCGAUAGCGGACUGUGAUAAUUUAUGCAAUAAUCGCACAAAGGAUGCAAUUUCCUGCGGCUGUGCGACAAGCGAUCCGGAGUCUCAGGCGAUGCGCAUCGUUCGCACCGUGGGACAAGCCUUUGAAGUGUGCCACAAAUUUAAUCUUCAUAAGAAUUCCCUGGAACCCAAUGACGAACGCUCCGAUAUAUCCUCAUCGGAGCUGCUGGACGUGGAGCAGAUCAGCGAGCAGCAGCUAUCCGAGGAUGGUGAACGCGGUGGCGGCGACAACGAGACGCCCAAGAAAGAGCACUUGGCCAUAACGCCCGAUCUGAACCACACGCAGCCGCAGCGGCCGAACCACUUGGAUAUAAUGCCAUCGCAUUCGAGUCUACGCAAAUCGAACAGCCUGCUGUGCGAUGUGGACGACAAGUCGCCAGGCUCACCUUCCUCGCCGCGCUCUGAGAUCACUCAGCUGAAGGACCAGCUGGAGGCACAGGCUCUGCAGACGCGCCAGGCUCUGGGUCAACUGAUGCUGGUGCGGGAGCAGCUCAUCUCGGAGACCAAUGCGCGCAUCGAGGCACAGGCGCGCACCCAACAAUUGCUGCAGCAGAACCGCGAGCUCCUGGAGCACCUGGCCUCUUUGGGGGCCUACAAUGAGCAGCAGACAGCCGGACUCACGUCGGCCAACAUCGGAAUGGCGCCACAGCAAUCGCAGCUACAAAUGCUGCUGCAGGCCACGAGCAACAACAACAAUCUGGCCACGAUCAACCAACAGAUCAGCAAUCUUGGCAGCAUCAAUCAGCAGUUGACCUCGCUGAGUCACCAGCUGAGUGGCCUGAAUCAGCAGAGCCAGCACCUCCAGAAUCUGCAGCAGCAGCAGCAACAACAGCAGCAGCAGCAGCAGCAACAAACGCAGGCGGCACCGACUGCGGCCACGCCCCCUCCCGCUGCGGGGGGCAGUAGUCCGUAUCCGUCGAUGAGUGCGCUGCAGAGCAUCAGCAAUCAGCUGCAGCAGCAGCAGCAACAACAGCAGCAGGACGCAUUGUCCAAGGAUCUGUUCCAGGUGAAUCAGGAGCUGUUGAAUCGCCUGCAGGCACUGAACUUGAAUGCCAAUCCUGGCCAGAGCCAGCCAACGCCCUCGGCCACGGCGCACAACUCCUUCUUCUAUGUGAAUCCCUUGUCCUGCACACCGGCCACGCCAAACAACAAUGCUGGCGGAGCCGGAGGUUUCAAUUUCCUAACCUCACCGGCAGCCACGGGAACACUGACCCCCUCACCGUUGGGCACCAUGAAUCGGAAUUCCUUUGCCGGGAGUUCGUCCUUGAACGAGGAUAUACGCCUGAGCAUCGAGCAGAAUCUGAAUAAUCUGGAGGAGCAACUCAAGGCGGCGGUGUCCAAUGGCAAUCUGGCUGGACUGGCCUGUGGAGGAUCGACCAGCACGCGGGAUACCAGUCGUAGCUCCUCCACCCUGGACUCCCCAUCCUCGCCACGUUUGAGGAGCAGCAAUAACAACAUUAGUCCUGGAAGCAGCAAUGGCAACCAGAACCACAACAAUAAUAGCAAUAGCAAUAGUAGCAGCAGUCGGGAAACGCGAUUCAAUACGGUUUUGCUGAGGGUCACCGAUGAGGCGGGUCACCAAAGAAAGCUAUCGGCCACGCCCAGUUUCAUCACACGCAGCACCAGCGAGAAGGUGCCCAAUCGCAGCCAGAUGAUGAGCCAGGUGCAGAGGACCACCUGGGCCAGGCACACCACCAAAUAGGAGCAGGGCUUCGAAACGCCCAGUGGACCAGGUCAUAGGUUAAAGGAUACGAAAAGUGGAAGUGGGCGUGCAUGAGGAACGAGUGAAUGAGUGGGUGCAACAGUAUUAAUUUAGGAGAAAUGGAAGCCUACUUUAGUUUUGCAUUUUAGGUGUCCUAGCAGAACGCAUCGCUGGCGUUUAGUGUGCCAAUUAUUUGCCCAGCUCAACGUCCGUUUAAGUGUAAUAUAUCUAUGUAAUGUAUAUCUAUUUAGCAAUAUCUUCUAGCUCAAAACUGUGCCAAAGUCGAAAGUUUAUAAUACUCGAAAGUUUGGUUAGCUUCCGGGCCAGCAGCGAUAAACCUUAAGUAAAAGUAUUUGUGAAACAUAAUCUUAGCAUAUCAGCAACGAAGAAACUUACUCAAGUUCGCAAUAAUCGUUUGAAAGUAUUUUCUCUCCCCUAAAUGAAAAACUAUAUCUAUACACCUAGUGAUUAAGCUAAUGAGUCUAGUCUAAACUGAUUAAAUUCGAUACUGUUAUUUUUGUAAAUUGUUGUAUUUUAAUUCAAUUCAUGCGUGACCCGCAUAAUCUUUAUUCGCAAAAAUGCAAUAAUCAUGGGGAAUGCAUUAAUUAGUUGCCAGGCUGAAAAGUUAUGUGUAAAUUACAAUUUCAAAUAUUCAUUUGAAUAUGGAAUAUAGGCGGCAAAAAUGAACGGCAAACAACCAGAAAUAAUAAUAAAAAUCGCAUAAUUAUGU